AGUCAUAUUUAUCGUUGUACUUUGUGCCGAAGCCUGUCGUUUUUCUUACUAAAUGGAAUGCAACGCUUGCAGUAAAUCAUUUAAUGGAGGCCAGUAUAUAUUAAAAAAUAAUAAAAAGAUAUGUACUAGCUGUUUUAAUGAAAAAUUGGCUAACAUUUGUGAAAAAUGCCAGAAAAAGAUUGAAAUUGGUAACAAAGAUUUAUCAUACAACAAUCGUCACUGGCAUGAGGCUUGUUUUGAAUGUGCAGAUUGCCGUGCCUCUUUAACCCAAAUACCUUUUGCCGAGAAGGACAGUAGUGUUUAUUGUGAACGGUGCUAUGAUGAAAAAUUUGCAUCGAAAUGUGAUGAGUGCAAGAAUGCAUUUCGUGGCGGUAAUCUUAAGUAUAUUGUAAAAGGAAGACAACUUCACGAACGUUGUUUCUUAUGCUCGAAAUGUCAAGUUCCCAUAAGGGCUAAUGCUUUCGUUCCAGUCGAAGAAAGGAUUAUAUGCAUCGAGUGUUACGAGGCAAACCUCGCACCAAAAUGCGUUAAUUGUCAGAAACCAAUCAGUACAAAAGGAUUGGAAGAGUCUGGAAAGAGCUAUCAUCACGAAUGCUUUCAAUGUUCAAACUGUAGUAUGCAACUAGACGUCAAACGCUUUUCAACUAGAGGAGAGAAACUCUACUGCCCUCAAUGCUUUGAAAAUCUCUUCGGUAUAAAAUGUGAGGAAUGUCAAAAAAUUUUGUCACCUGGAAAGAUAUUUGUAUCUUAUAAUGAUAAAUAUUGGCAUAAAGGUUGUUGGAAGCUUCCAGAAUUGCUUGAAUAGGAUACUAGCAAAAAGUCAAAAUAGAGAUUUUAACACGUAGACGAUCUAUUUGGCCUUUUUUCCCUUUCAGUAUUAUAUUUUUAAUUGUUAUUUAGAAGCUUAAAUUCUUAUUUCAGCCGCUUCUAAAAUACGUUAUUAAUCGAAACACCCUGCAUACUUAAAAAGAAGAGCACAAUAUAGUGUCAACCGGAGAGACUCGUUAAUGAACAUAGACUAUAUAUAUUAUAUAGAAAUUAUACAGUAGAUUGAAUAUUGAUAAUCAAUCACAAUGAAAUUAGUAUUCAAAAAAGAAGUCUUUGUAGUCCAAGAAAAGAAAGAGGGCGAAGUUUUAUAAUUACAAUUCCAAAAAAAAGUAUUUAUACUUCAAAGCUCCGAAUUAAGACGAAGAAAUCUUGACCUUGGAUUUAGACAAUUUAAUAAUAGACUACAAAUUAAUAGAUCUCUUUUUCACUGAAUAGAAAAUGUUGCUUAAAAUAAUAAAUUUAACAAAAAAAGAUAUUCUGUUCUCAUCAAUAAAGCCUAUACGAGAAAAGGG